AUGAAGUUCACCAGCAUCUUCGUCGGCACCCUUGCCACCCUCGCUGCUGCCGCCCCCGUCAAGGAGUUCGGAAGCGGCUUCGAUGUUCUCGGCGCCAACAACUUCGGCUUCAACAACCUUGCUCUUGCCUACCUCGCCAAGUUCAACGGUUUCAACACUGCCGGCUUCGGCAACUUGAUCACCGCCAACAGCCUCGCCUUCGACCCCUUCGCUGAGCUCUUCGCCUUCGGAAACAACAACCAGUUCCUCCAGCUCAACCACAUCCUCACCCUCCAGAACGCCCUCGUUCUCAGCUGGCUCAGCAACAUUGGUCUUGCUUCCAACCUGAACUUCGCCGGUGGUGUCGUUCCCCUCCUUGACUUCGGUAACCUCAACGGCUUCAUCUCCCCUUCAGCUCUUUCCCCCUCGGCAUCGACUCCGUUGUCCAGACCCAGAUCACCAGCUUCGUCGGCAACUCUGGCUAGUUGCUUUUUUACAGUCUUCGUCAACGGCGGCCUUGGCGGUGCUGGCCUCGGCGGCGGCAUUGGCGGCUUCAACAACGGCUUCUUCAAGGAGUAA